AUGGAGGCAAAGUACAAAACUCUUAAUUUAAAACGCGCUUCAAUUAGAGGCCGUGUUACGAAAUUUAAUAACCAUUUAGAAGAAUUAAAAGGUAAAAAGCUUACUCCUACGGAAGUUAGCGUGCUAUCGCAGCGAUUAGUUAAACUUGAGACUUUAUUUGGCGAAUUCGAUAGCGUGCAAAAUCAGAUUGAAGCAUUGGAGGAAAAUAAUUUAAGCUUAGAAUUGGAUACCAGAGAAGUUAUCGAACAAGCUUUCCACAAUUCGAUCGCAUUGGCUCAGGAAAUUAUUUCCAUCUACUGGAGCACGGCUGGAUUGAAGAAAAUGAUAAGUACUUAUAUAUUUAAAUGGUUUGACGGAGAUCAGUUGUCCAAUUUUGAGAACGAAUUAGUCGCAGAUCUACCAGAAAUAAUUCCGUCUGAUGAUGAGAAUGUAGAUUACGAUGGAAUUGAUGCACCUGACGAUGAACCUGAAGGAUACAACUCCGAUAGCCAAGAAUAA